AUGAGCGGCAAUCGAUUGAAGCUGCUGAAUCUCAUCAUUUGCACGCGUUCUUCGGGUGCCGCCGUCACAUUCCUCUAUAUAUCUGUAAAAAUACUUUAUACGGUUAAUAUUGUCGGUCAAAUCUUCCUUCUGAAUACGUUUCUUGGGAACAGGAGCAGGUGGUAUGGAUUGCAGGUGCUCAACGAUCUAAUGAAUGGACGAGAGUGGGAAGAGUCCGGACAUUUUCCCCGAGUCACUCUUUGUGAUUUCGAAGUUAAAGUGCUAGGAAAUGUGCACCGUCACACCGUCCAGUGUGUUCUUAUGAUCAACAUGUUCAACGAAAAGAUAUUUCUCUUCCUGUGGUUUUGGUACUUUUUGUUGGCCGGUGCCACAGUAUGUUCGUUAUUUUAUUGGAUUUAUAUAUCGGUGGUGCCAAGCAGGUUUGUUUUCAUCAUCUCUUCUUUUUGUUGA